UAUGUUGAAUGAAGGCUGUCGAGCAACGUGAUACAGCGUCCAAUAGGGCUGCUGUUGGUGAGGGGUGUGUCCGUCCGUCCUGCAGUCAAAGCUACGCUCGGACUCCCUCAUCUUCAUUCACUUAGUGCAGGAUCCAACUCCUUCUCUCCCCUUCCCCAUGGGCUCCCGUCGCUAGUUAGUUAGUCCCAGGCCUCUUCCGCUGAUCAAUCUUCCUUCCACCCAUCCACCCCGGCAAUUCUUUCACACACACUUACAUCUUCGGCGGUGCCUACGGCUACUUGGCUGCAAACGCCAUCCGCCAAACUAUAAAUUCCGAUUCCCCCAGUUUCCGCCAACCCUUUGUCUUUCUUCCUUUCCAAGAUUGGCUCUUUGCGUCGUCGUCAAUCCUCCGAUUUCAGAAAGGUGAAAGACCCCCACGACCGCCACCGCCAUGGCCGACGAAAAGAACAUUACCGUCGCCGCUGAAAAGCAAAAUCAAGUUGCUAGCGAGCUCGAGAGCUCCGGCAUCAACUCUCCCGCCGAAUAUGACGACCUCCCCGAUCCAGAUGUCGGCAAAUCAGACGAGGAGCGCGCUAUCCUGGACAAAGCUCUUCUUCGCAAGAUCGAUCUCUGGCUGAUUCCAUGGCUGUCGCUCCUCUACCUGCUUUCCUUCCUGGAUCGUACCAACAUCGGCAACGCAAAGGUCGCCGUCCCCGUCAAGAUGGAGACCAGUCUGCACAUGACCGGCCGUGAUUACAACGAUGCGCUUACCAUCUUCUUCGUCUCUUAUGCCGGUGCCGAGCCAUUGACCAACAUUGUUCUCAAGCGCUACACACCUCGCUACUUCUUCACUGGCAUCAUUAUUCUUUGGGGUGCCAUCAUGACUGUCAUGGGAUGUGUCAAGAACCAACCGGGCUUGUUGGCAUGCCGUUUCUUCUUGGGUCUCGCCGAAGCUGGUCUGUUCCCUGGUGUCAACUACUAUCUCUCAUGCUGGUACAGACGCCAGGAAUUGGGAGUCCGCGCCGCCAUAUUCUUCUCCGCCGCUGCACUAGCCGGAUCCUUCGGAGGUUUACUCGCCGCUGCCAUCUCCAACAUGCACGGCGUAGGUGGAUACGAGGGAUGGCGAUGGAUCUUCAUUCUCGAAGGUCUCGCUACCGUCUUCGUCGGUAUGUUCUGCUACUGGAUGACCUUUGACUUCCCCGACACAGCCGCCUUCCUCACGCCUGACGAGCGCCUCCGCGCCCAACGCCGUCUCCGCGCCGACAACCAAACGCGCGCCGAAGCCGAAAAAAUCAGCCGAAAGUUCGUCUUCCAAGCCAUCAAAGACUGGAAGACAUGGGCCUACGCGGUCCAAUAUAUGGGGUGCCUCUGCGCGCUCUACUCCAUCUCCCUCUUCCUCCCCUCCAUCAUGGUCGCGCUCGGCUACAAGGGUAACCGCGCGCAACUCAUGUCGGUUCCGCCCUACGCCGCUGCCGCAGUCAUGACGGUCGCGGUGGGAUGGUUCGCGGACCGCACCAAGAUGCGCGGAUACUCGAACAUGGCCGUCUCCCUCAUGGGUUGCGUCGGCUUUGUUAUGCUCCUCGCCAGCACGAACCCGCACGUCCAGUACGCCGGCACGUUCCUCGCCGCCAGCGGCAUCUACCCCACUGUCCCUAACACCCUGACCUGGGCUUCCAACAACGUCGAAGGCUCGCUCAAGCGCGGUGUCAUGGUCGGCAUCGUCGUGGGCUGGGGUAACCUCAACGGAGUCGUCUCAUCUAACAUCUGGAGUCCUGGUGAUGCGCCUCGCUACCUCCCCGGCCACGGUAUCGUCUUCUCAUACAUGUUCCUCUUCCUCUUCGGAGGAUCCGUCUUCACGCACAUCAUGUUGAAGCGCGAGAAUAGACUCAGACUGGAGGGAAAGCGAGAUCAUUGGAUCGAGGGCAAGACCGCGCAGGAGAUUUCCGAGUUGGGCGAUCUGAGGCCCGAUUUCAUCUACACCACCUAGAGUGGGUUUGAUUUGCGAUUGUGCAUGUGCUGUUUUAUCUUUGAGCCAUUUACUGUCUCGUAUAUCUUUUGCAGCGAAUAGGAUACGAUCUUUUGUAGAUCCGAUUGAUAUUUAGUAUACAGAGAACAAAAAUCUACCGUCAUCUGAGAUCAGCAGUCUGGAGCCAUGGAUCGAUAUAGUCAAGAAAACCGUUAUUUCUACUUAUUCUUGCAUGCAUCAUCAAUGUAUAAAAGCCUCUGCGCGCCUCUCCUUCCCUACCCUAAUGUUCGGAGCCCAACUUGAUCCAAAUGAUAACCCGAAAGCUAAGAACCCUCCCAAUUCCCCAUGAAGCACAGCAGCAGCGUUCUUCAACGUCACGUGUUUUACCUCGCACUUAGCAUCAAUCCCACACUUUUUCCCUUUGAGCAAGCAGCCACCGACCCUUCGUAUAAUACCCAUCAAUUCCCAUAUGCAUCCGAACCGCCUCCCUCGCCGCACACCCAGCGUAACUUUUCUCCAUCUCACUGCCCACGCUCAAACAAAUAGCAAAACUAAUUCCGUCUCUGCCCGGCUACAACUUCUUAAUCUUCCCUUCUUCUUAGACGUUAACUCUCUCGUCCAAAACUGCGAU